AUGGACAACAUGUCUAAAGAUCCCACUGACAUAAAGAUGGAUCUCUUGGCAGAUUUUCAAGCUUAUCAUGCCGCUUGUAGCAAGCUUUGGGAAUUAGAGGCGCUAAACACGCGUCGACUCGACUGGAUCAAAACUAUCUCGCACCUUAUUAACGUCAUACAGAUUAUCAACAACGCGGAACAACAACACGACCAAACGCUCAAAGAGCUGAACAAUUUGCGGCGAACAUCGAAACAAAAACAAACGCCUCUUUCUUCAUCGAAAAGGGCCGGGCUUACUCCCCUUGCUGUUCGUGCCGGGAAAACAGCCGUCAAAUAUAGCCUGCCAACAAAUACCCCAAUCAAAGCGUAUCCAUCGAAAACAAGUACCCCCGUUUCAACACGUGUUACAACACCAUCGAGCGUGCGCAAGACGCUACUUCAAGCUAUCAAGACGCCUCAAAGUCUAUCGGCUAAGACACGGUCUAUUUUCGAGGACAACGACGAAAACGAGGAAGACGCGUUGCCCGAUUUUAAAACAGUGGUCCGCCCAAAAAUUCAACUAAAACGUAAAAACACGGAAACAUCUGCACAUGACUCGUCUCCGUCAAAACAAACGGACGAUGAGUUCACCUCGCCUAUUUACAAACGGAUCAAACAGACUCAAGAGCGCAAUUCUGUCUCAUUCAAAGCUCCAGCAACUACAUUGAUCAGUCCUCUGAAGCGACGUAAUGAGAAUCUGAAAAGCAGUAUUUUUGGUCGCUGA